CUCGCAGGCGCUAUUAGAGUGUCGAAUUUCGACAAUAUUUUACUUAGCAUGGCGGCCUUUGUAUAGUUUUUUUACGGUCAACGUGUGUCUGUCCAUGUUUUGACGAGUGUGUUGAUACUUUGGAUAUGAUUGCGAGAUGUAUCAUUUCUUUUUUAAAUAUAUGGCUUAGUAGUGCGGUGUUUCCAGUUGGUGAUGUUCCCGGUAUCCAGUUUUCCAUUCCAAGAACUCACGUCGCGUUUAGUGGAGAUCUUCGAAUCGGAAUCGUUUCCACUUCUUUUCCACCUUUACUGUUACAGUUGUCGAGAGCAGAAGGAAAUGUAGUGCACCCAUUGACGACAUUUCCGGUCUAUCCAAAAGCUGGAGUGCUUCCAAAUAACUUUACCGUGAAAAUACCUUGCGUAUAUUUUUCCAGAGAGGGGUUGUAUUAUAUUGUAAUCAAAAAACAACCAAUAGGUUGGAGAAAUGCGUCGCUUGACACAUCUUCAGAAAACCUAAUAACAACUCGAAGUUUGGACGUUCGAUGGCCCACAGCCAAAUUAUCCAUCGAUGCUGAGAAUCUCCAGACAUAUCCCGAACAUUCUGUAAAGGCAUUUAUCGAAUAUCCUGACGUAAAAUGCGCCGCCCUAGAAGACCCAAACGCUCCAGAGUUCUUUUUAGAAUUGCAUUUCUGCGGAGACUCCGGCAAUUCUGUUAUGACAUGCAAAAUAAAUUCCCGACAAAAUAUUACGCAGGUAGUACAUUCGGUAAAAAUUCAAGGAUUUCCCGUCUAUCGAAUUGUGACAUUAAAUUGUGAAGUGUUUGGAUUAGCUGGUUAUUAUGGACUGUUUUUAAGACCAACUUCUACAUUAUAUGAUCUUCCCUUUACAUCGGCUUACAUAAAAGUAAAUUGGAGUGACCAGUUUGUUUUCAACGUCCAUGCCAGAAGUAUAUUCCCCUGCGAUGUUCACAGUGGAGGAAUCACAGUUCUUUUUGAAUAUCCUUCAUGCAUUUUGCCCGUUGGUGAUAGAAUACGCCUAUAUGCGAAAUUACGAGUAAACGUUGCAAGUCUAGAUCCACCAACUACCUUAGAAUACAUUUCUGAGCAAAGAGUUGUUAGAGGUCAGCACAGCCUGUACUUCGAAUGUGAUUUGUUCACCGAACGGUAUAUAGAGUACUGUUUCGUGUAUGUGAGUAAAGCCAUUACGGGAACUAUGACCGAUAUUAGGAUGGAUUGUGUUCCGACGUUACCAGUGACAGAUCAAGAAAGUGGAGGAUGGGGCAAAUGGAGUUCCUGGACACCGUGCACCAGUACUUGUUUUGGAGGUACCAGAAGUCGAUACAGGUUUUGUGAUUCCCCACCACCAAGAUACGGAGCCAAGUUUUGUGAAGGUUCAGCUGUUGAAACCGAAAAGUGCGGGACAAGCCUUAAAAGUAGAUGGGACUGUCUUUAUGGAGACGGUUCUACUUACAUUCAAGAUGUUGUAGCUGAGAUGCCUGAAGUUCAAGCUGAAGUGGGUACAUAUUGUAGAUGUGGAUGUGUUGUUCAUCUUGGCCAGGCAAAACCUUCACGACUGCUAGCAACUUCUUCACAAAGUUGUCCAGGAAGAAACUUUUGGCUGAUUCAGGCCGAUCCAGACUCCAUAAUUCAAUUUCGAGUGAUCCAGUUUCAUCUCUCCUGCCGCACACAAUCCUUAAAAAUUCGUGACGGCAACGCAUUGUCAUCGAAUUUACUGGCUCAUUUAUCUAGUGCUUUCGACACCGAAUCUCUGGUGGUGAACUCGACUGGGGAUAAUUUACUGCUUGAAUUUUUCUCGGCUGAUAGCAUCAGCCUCGAGGAAAUCUGCGGGGGUGGAUUUAUAGCACAGGCGAAUCAGAUUGGUUCUUCAAGGUUUAACGUAUCAGUCGUACCUGUUGCGCAAAAUAUUGGCGUAAUUCCAGUUGUUAUUCUAAAAUUGACAGCAGUACAUAUCACGGCAAUAUUUUUUCUGAGUGGAUUGCUGUUAGCAACUGUAAUGUUGGGCGUUCAAUAUAUUUUUCGGUACAGAAAAUACCAAGUAGCUGAUGGUGAUGAUCAAGAUUCCAUUUCUAAUCUAUCAGAUGUUGCAGUUCCUUUAGGAGCUAGGGUGUCAUCUAAUGCUACCCUAUUUUCAGAAGUUAUAUCUCUGAGCAGAUUAGGACCACAUUUAAAACUAAGAGGAAAACAUAUUAGAUUAAGGGAAUCUGCUGAUUGUGAAACACUUAAACUUGAAGAAAAAGUCACUUUAGCGAAACAAGAGUCCCUUAGUAUCGGCAGUACCACAACUUUAACCCAAUUUGAGGCAUCCACCCUACCUAUUGAUGAAUCGGAAGACACCACCAUUAACACGAGCUUAACAACUUCGACUUUAAAAAGAUCAUCCACUAUUGAGAGCGACAAGGACAAAUCUGAUGAAAAAACGCAAAAGGGCGAAGAAUCAAUGAAGCAGAAUAUGGCGAGACGACCGAGUAAUAUCAGUAACAUCACGUUGACCAAUGGCUGCUACUCAUCCGGUGGGACACUUGUUAACAAAGCAACUAUAAAGAGUACAUCUGUGAAAGAGACGAAGGAGAAGAAAAAUAGAGAAAGGCUCAUGUUAGGACCAACAGGAUCAGAUUUUUCAAUUUCGGCGCAGGAUAUUGAUUUGGAAAUGGACUAUUACGACUAUAAUGUAGUAAACGCGGGAGCUGCACCAGGAUCAUAUUUGGGUAUGGAUCCAGCAUUUCUAGUAUGGAUUCCACCAUUCGAUGAAACCGGUGAAAUAUUCCCGGAGUACGACGGUGACAACGAGUACCACGAAAUGGACGAAGUUCGAAAUUACGCCGAUCCAGGAAGCAACAAGGAAUCCCCAGAAGAAGAUACUGCGUUGCUUCCAAAACAUAAACAACCAGAACACAAAGAAAGCUUUAUUCCAUCAGCAAAACACGCCGGCCAUUCUGUCGAUAAUAAAUAUAUAUCGGAAAUCGAGCCCUUAGUCCACAAAAAGAUUGCAGAGACACAGCUGGAAGAUCUUUCGAAGAUAUUGAAAGUGUCUCCGAAGCUUCUUCGGGAAGAUAUGGAAAAAGAGACGGAGUUUGAGAAAUUUUCCAGUUUGGAAAAUAUCGACAUCAAAUUUGUUGACGAUGAUGAAGCAGGGGAGAGUUGCAAUACAGAUAUGGCAUAUCAAGAUAGUAAUAUCAUAUCUUCUAACUAAAGACUGAUUAGGUUUAGUAGCUAGGGCAUUUAAAAAUCUUUUCGAUGGUAUUAUCUCAAAGUAAUUAACAUAAUCUUGCAGUAUUGUUAUUUUUUAUAGUUUAUUAAGAAUUAUAUUAUAAUUUUCAAUAUAAUUUUAUCUUUCUCAAAUAAUUUUAAAUUCUCUUGAUUCUAACGCUAAAAAUAUAGAGAAAGAAAUGUAGUUAAUUUUUUUUUCAUCGAUAAGCCAAAAAAACAAAGGUAACUUAUUAUCGCUGUUUUAUUUUUUAAAUAUACCUUCAUUAGUGUAGGUUUUUUUAUCAUUUUUUGUUUUGCUUGUAAGUACUUCUUGGAUACACGUUGUUUUAUUAUUAUACAUAACGUUUUCCUACGUCUUCGGAUACUCAGUCGCCAUUUUAUUUAUAGACUUUUCUAAAUUUCUCUGUAUCUCAUUUUCCAGUUGAUGUAUUGUCUCCAACUAAGGCAAGGUCGUCCUCUUUUCCUUUUAACAUUAGGUUGCCAUGUUAUGAUUUGUUUUGGAAGUCGAUCUUCGGGCAUUUUUUGGACUUGUCCAUACCCUCUUAGUUGUUGAGUACCAAUAUUUUCUACUAUUGUAUGAUUUAGUCUUAUAAUUUUUGAUAUUUUACUGUUAGUAACUGUCUCUAAUCUCGAUUUCCCUACCAAACGUCUCCAAAAUACAUUUCCGUUGCACAAAAUUUCCAUUGCUUCUAGCGUUCAUUUCUAACUGCCAUACCUCACUUCUAUAAAUGAUUGUCUUUUUCUUUAGAUGCAAAUCCACUAAUGGAUGUAGGCGAUCACAUUUUCCAGUAACUCUCUGUUUCUUGAAGUAUGUAUCAGAGAUUGUAUGUCAUUAAUCCCUGUUCAUUGUCUUAUAUUUCCGAGCUAGGACAUUUUUUUGCGUCCCAUUCCUCUGUUGCCUUCAAUUUUACCCUUGAUUAUAAGUUGGAGCAACUGGUAUUUUUCAUUUCGCACGAUAUGACCUAGAUGCGCUGUUUUCCUUUUCUUGAUAGUUUCGAAAAGUUGGCGUUUUUGGAUGAUUCUUUUAAGGACAUCUAGAUUUGUGACUUUCGCCGUCCAUGUUAUCUUUAGGAUACGGCGAUAAAGCCACAUCUCUAAAGCUUCUAAUCUGUUUAUAUCCCUCGUUUUGAAUGUCCAGCCCUCUACGCCAUAUAGCAGCACUGACCAUACGUAGCUCUUAGUAAAUCUUAGUCUCAGUUGAAGAUCGGACUCUGAACAGAUCAGUAUCUUCCUGAAUUUUACGAAAGAUUGUCGAGCUUGCUCAAUGCGACAUUUUACUUCCCUGUCCGAUGUCCAGUCUUCAAAAAGCCACAUUUCCAGGUAUUUCAAUUUGCUCACUCUCUCAAUGGACUUGGUACUAAGAAUUGAAAUUUUCAAUUAUUUCUUCAACUUUCUGUUAUGGUGGAGUUUUUAAGUGCAUUCAAAUUUUCUGGAGAUGGUAAUGAAUUUGGUAUUUUUUGUAUUAAUCUCUAAUCGCUUUCGCUUAUUCUAUUCUCCGAUUACAUAAUAUAGUGACAAGUUGUUGAAGAUUGACUAUGUUGUUACAAAUUAAGACACCAUCAUCAGCAUAUCGUAUGUUGUUGAUCAAUACUUCAUUCACUUUGAUUCUUAUCUCUGCAUCUUCCAAAGACUCCGAGAUAUGGCUUCCGAAUAAAUGUUAAAUAAAAGAGGGGAAAGCACACAUCCCUGCUGAACACCCCUUCUUAUAUGUAUGGGUUUGGAUAUAGAGUUGUCUAUUUUUAAUUGUGCCCUUUGAUAACAGUACAAGUUUUCAAUGCAUCUUAUGUCGUUUUGGUUUAUGUCAAGUUUCUUGAGGAUCUGCAUUAACUUAUGGUGUUU